AUGCUUACUGAUUUGCAUUUUUGUGAAGAUGACUGGCAGAGCAACGGUCAUGACACACCUCAGGUGGUUUAUCUGGAGGAGUACGCUCUGGUUCAGUGGUUUCGUGUUGGAUUUUUACUUGAUUGCCCUACCCGACAGCGUUGGGAGGACUCUGGUCGUCUCUUUCACACAGACGGUCAAAGGUCGCUUUUCCUGGGCUUUCAGAUGCAAUCUCACACGUACCACUUUGGGGCAGUCUACGCUCCGGUCCAGUCAGAAAAAGCACUCCGGCGACAGUUUUUCGCAGAGCUUGGCACGAUCCUACUCCGUUUACCUCGCCAACAUCUCUUGAUAGGUGGCGAUUGGAACGGACAUUUGGGGAGGGAUUCGGUACCCUACGGUUUACACACCCCAACGACGGCAGGUGGUCAUGACGUGCUACUGUUUCUUGAGCUUCAUGCUUAUCUGACCAACAUCGACCACAACUUCUUGAUCCGAAACCGCGGUACAUGGCGCGAUUCUGUUGCUCAUCGCUUUUACGAGCUCGAUUAUUUUAUUGGUUCACUCGACAUGCGUCGUAUGGCCCAACAUUUUCGAGUCCAACCGUAUCCUUUCUCUGAUCACCAUGCCAAGAUGGGCUGUUUUCAUUUGGUUACAAGCAAGGGCAAAGUUUGGCGGGGCGAGCGUUUUCUUACGGCACAAAGAUACUCGGCGGAACCAGUUCUAGAUCUAGAAGCCAUUCGAGGUCCGUCAGCAGAGGCGCAAAAUCUGCGCGCACAACUUCGCAGCAACAUUGGCAGGACAUUACAACCCUUACUGCCUCACAUCCAUUUCCACCCGUCUGGCGACGAGAUCAGUGUACACAUCUUUGUCGAUGGGUCUUCGUUUACCGAGGGCCAUGGCAAUCAGCAAGCUGUAGCAGGGUGGGGUGUCUGGAUUCCUGAAGCCAAUCUAACCUUUCACGGCCCUAUUACUACGAAUGAGAAGGCCGAGCUUUUCCUGGGGGCAGACAAACACACAAAUAACACUGGCGAGCUUUCCGCAAUGGUGGUAGCACUCGUUUGGCUUUGGCAUUCUGGUUUUACGGGCCAUGCAGUGAUCGCAUAUGAUAGCACAUACGCUGCAAACUGCACUCAAGGGCAUUGGCUUCCCACUUCCAAUGUCUCGUUGGCGGUCUCAGCACAACAAUGGUUACAAAGAUGUCAAAGCCGCCUUGCCGUCAGCUUUCGUCAUGUUCGUUCCCACACUGGCCAAGAAGAUUGGUGGUCGGUCAACAACGAGGUCGUGGAUGUGGCGGCCAAACAAGGUGCCCAAGGUCAGGUACAGUUGUUUGCGGACGCUAUCCAGCUUCUACGGGCGCCACCUCCACUACCCCAAAUACCGACCAAGUCCUGGCCCGAGCUUGCGUCACUAGGACACGAUGCUUUACAGGCCUGCCUGCCCAAGCGCAAACCUCACCAGCGGGCAGUCCCCUACACCGCCUCGGCUCUAGAAGAAUUGGAUCGCCGCAAAGGACGACUACUUGAACUUAAAACGGCUUUCCAUCAGGCUCGCGGGACUCCGUCGGAACCACAGCUUUAUGAACAAGUCAAGGUGUUCAAGCGCUCUCUACAACAAUGGGCGAGACGCCAGCGUAGUCAAUGGAUUGCACACCUCUGCAAAAAGCUCGAUGCCGCGAUGAGACUACACGACAUGCGACAGUUCUACCAUCACCUACGUGCCUUGGGAGUCCACAUCAAAGGCAAAAGGUUUGAAGGUUCGCAGCCUUUCGGGCUUGAGACGGCGACGACCUUUGUUGAGAAGGUCGGCAACGAGCCCUUCACACUACCGCACAACAUCGACGACUUGCUGCCCCCACAAGCUGAGACGGCUUGGGACCUGGACCACACGCCAUCCGAGAGCGAAAUUCUUGGAUCCCUGGGCAAGAUGCGCGACACCAAAGGCGGUACGGACGGUAUCACUGUUGGGUGCAUCAGAGCUUUUGGGCCCUGGUUCCAACGCCUGGUCGCUAAGACUAUUCAGCAACUCUGGCAGACUCAGCCCGAAACUUGGGAUCAGAUUAUUCAUGAAGUUGUUGGGGUUUUGCUUUUCAAGAAAGGUGCAAGGAGUGAUCCGGCCAAUUAUCGUUGCAUUCAGCUGAUCAACGUCAUCAGCCGCCUCCUUGCCAAAGUUGUUGACGGCCGCCUCCAGCAAUUCGCAGAAUCCCGCGGUCUACUCCCCAACGAACAGUAUGGCUUCCGCAAGAACCGCUCAACAGUUGGGCCGAUCAUGCUGGUGCGGCUCAUAGCUGAGAUUUGUCGGGCACAUCCUAACGAUGAUCACCAUCCACUGCUGUUACUCAUUGACAUUCGUAAGGCAUACCCACGGGUCCCAAGAUCGUUUGCUUGGCAAGUAUUUGAUUGCCUAGGUGUCCCUCCUACGCUGUCACGGGUCUUACAUGGCUUACAUGACAAAGCAGUUUACAAGAUUCGCACAGGUGGUUUUGACUUUACAACCCGUUUAGACAAACCGCGACGUCCACGCCAAAUCACCGAAGAACGACUCACCAUUACGCUGGACGACAUUUUGUUUGCAGACGACACAUCCAUAUUCACCACCGUCGAAAAGUGCCAAGAGGAUGAGAAGCACUUGCAACAAGUUCUGGGUACGUGGGGUGAGGACAUACAUCCAGACAAAACGGAGCGGUUACCACUGGGAAUGUCAGUAGCGGAAGCGGCCCAACUUGCAAGGCUGAAUUGUGACCUGCGCAAGAUUGCUGUGAACCUGGUGCCUUUCCCACGCUUGCACUUCUUCAUGACGGGCUUCGCGCCGCUGACCUCCCGCGGGUCGCAGCAGUACCGAGCCUUGACCGUGCCCGAGCUGACCCAGCAAAUGUUCGACGCCAAGAACAUGAUGUGCGCUGCAGACCCCCGCCACGGCCGCUACCUCACCGCGGCAGCCCUCUUCCGCGGCCGCAUGUCUACGAAGGAGGUGGAUGAGCAAAUGCUCAACGUCCAAAACAAGAACUCCUCCUACUUCGUGGAAUCUUGGCCGUCCCAGGAGUGGAUCCCCAACAACAUCAAGGCGUCCGUCUGCGAUAUCCCUCCAAAAGGAGACCUGGCAGCCAUUGAGCGUUGA